AUUCUCAUCAGCCCCCCUCCCCUUGGACCUCCCCCUAUUAUUUUAGGAUAAUCAAGAUAGCCAACGAGCACCUUCCUGCCUCCGCCACCUACCGCGGUCCGGAGAGGGGUGGGGGUGACAGCCUCCCGUAACUCUGGGCGAUUCUGUCCCAUCUAGCUCCCCACCCCUCCCCCGCGCGCCGCCGCUGAGGCCAACGGGCCCUGGAACCUCCCUCGAGCCGCACUGGCACUGGGUCUGCCUCACUCCGCACCGCUGCGCGCACUCGUCCAGUGCUCAUCCAGCACCACCCGCACCGCCCGCACCGCCCGCACCGCCCGCCCGACUCUCCCGACGACCGCGCCGCGCUGGCCAAGAGACAGCGACCACCGGCAGCCACGGAGGAACAGUCGCAUUGUGUUCCAACGCGUCUUCUGUCGGAUCACACCCGCGGCGGGGCGGUGACGAGGCGGGGACGCCAAUGACGACGGUGACGGCGCGCCGGUGGCGACGACACCGUCGGCCUACGGUGGCCUUACCGACGGUGGCGACGAGGGCGUCAGCGCCGUCCUUGUCGAUGAUAUUCGUCGUAGACCCGUGAUGACGAAGCCCCUUCGCCCCGACGUCUGACCGGGAUAUGGCUCUACUCGGGGUGCUCCGCGUCCUCGUUGUCAUCGUGGGCACAGCUCCUGCUUUACUGCCGUGUGAACCUGGCCCCUCACCGACGGCAACGACGCCUGGGCCGCAGUUUGCUUCUCCACUGAAGACGCCGACGGCCCUCCCCUCUCCGCUGAGGACAUCGACGACAUCCUCGCCUGGGCCCGUGGCGACGUCCCUCCCACGCUCACCACUUUCGUCACCAUCCAGAACAGCGUCGACCACCUCACCGCGGCCCGCGUCGUCGUCAACGCCAAAGCCAACACGUCCCCGAACGCCGGCCCCAUCGAGGCCUCCGACGACUUCAACACAGAGGCCAGCGCCAGCGUCCUCCCCGCGCACGCCGACGUCAGGGCGGCCUCCUGCGUCCGCCUUCCGACUCGCGGCGUCCCCAAGCACGCCGCUGCCGUCAACGCCAUCCCCAGAACAGUUGGUCGCGCGCAUACGUGCCCUCGUCCGCGCGCUUCGCGAUGCAGACCAGCUGCUCCGCGCGCUGCAGAUGUUCCGGGAGCAGCAGCAGCUCGGGGACGACGCCGUGCUCCGCGUGAUGAAGGAAGACGCGAACCGCACGCUGGUGGAGCAGGUGGAGCACGCCAUGCGAGCCGCCAAUGCGCCGGCGGUCGCGUCAAUGGCGGACAUCAUGGGCACCCUCUCGAUGCCGAAGACGAUCACACCCCCGUCGACGCCGAGCUCCAACAAGACUCUCUCGGCCAAGAUACCCUACACAGCGUACGGCAAAAAGAGCGCAAAGUUUGUACACGGCCAGCAGCAGGCGGCGUCGGCCGCAGGCAAGCCCGUGGCCGCCGUCGGCAAGCCCAGGAGCGGCGUCGCAGCGGCGGCGUCAGCUGCCAGAGGCGCUUUAACGAAGAAGCAUUCGAGCGCCGUGCCCACGACGAAAAAGCAAUCGACGCCCGCAUCGUCGACGGUGAACGUGCACGCCACUACGCGAGCGCCAGCGUUCUCCGCCAAGACGACGUACGUGAGCAGUAAGAAUGGCACGGUCAUCACGAGGAUUAAGAACGAUCCGAUCCUGGGCGAGUACAAGGUGGUCAUCAGGGACCUUACCCCUGCAGCUUCCUCGGGCCUAAGCCCCCGGAACGCCAGCUCGGGGGCGGGUGGCAGCGGUGACAUCCAGGCGGGCGCCCCGGCAAGCAGCCGCCGGAGUGACAACGCAUCGCUUCCGGCGCCGCCCAAGGUCCUCGUGCCGCCGGUGACAAGCACCCCAUCGACGAGCGAGCGCGGGCGGCACAGAUUCCAGGACGCGACCACGCCGAGCUCCACUGCCGUUCCAGCAGCACCUACGACCAACACGACCAAGUCGCCGCCGCCGCCGCCAGCCAGCCGGCGGUCGGGGAAGUCCGCGCCGCCCAAAGCUUCAGGGGCUCGCGCCAAGCCAAGGAAUGCAACCCACAAGGGGAAGCCUUUGGUGGCGGCCACCACCGCCCCGAGACCACUGCAGACCGGCGUUCCUUCAAUGACGAGCGCCAAGACGGCGCCGACGAGCACGACCAGCAACCCCAGCGCUGCGGCCACCCAGAAGAGCUUCCAGAAGAAGGCGACGGACCGGCAGCAGAUCGUUUUGUCCGCGACCCUGCGGACGGCGCCGCCCAAGGAGCGCGAGGAGGAGGUGGCAAGGGAGCGGGCGCCGCAGGACACGCCGCUGCUGUCGGGCAUCUUUCCCCGGUACGGCCCCGGCGCCGACCUGCCGCACGUCGAGAGGCCCUUCGUGCCGAGGUCUGGCAGCGCGACGCCACCAGCCAGCGUGCUGCUGCCGCCGCUGCCUGACGUGCCGACGACGGUGGCCUCGACGGCCUCCUCCUCGCAAACGACGCAGCCCUUCCCCCCAUUUGCUCCCACGCAACCUUCCUCUACGUCCACGCCACCGCCACCCUCGACGCAGCCACCGUCGUCGCCGCCUUUGCCCCUGCAGGCGCCGUCCUCGUCCCCGCUGCCCGCGCGCGAUGACGAGCGCUCCGCGGCCGGCGGCGGCGGCCCCCCACAAACAGUCAGGCUGGAGCCCGCCCUCUCGCCAUCGCCGCCGGACGCCCCGGUCAGCUACUUCCUCGGGGAGAGUCCCUGGAUUCCCAUCUUCGUGAACCCACAGUCGGCCAGGAGUAACGAGAUACAAAAGCAGUCCGGCGGUGGAGCCCCUUCGACGACACCCGCCCCACCGCGAACGAUCGUCGAGCUCACCAAGCUCCAUGUCGUCGAGGCGACCCCGUCGCCCAUUGGCGCGGCCGCGACCCGGGGCGGACCCCAGGGGCGGGCGGUUCUCAACGAUCCCCUUGAGUGGCGGCCCUCGCGGACGUGGCAGUACGCCAUGCACCAGGACCGUGUUGAUGGCGGUGACCUGCAGGACUUGAAUCAGGAUGGAGUUACGCAGCAGCACCUGCGACAGCUUCAGCACCUGCAGCUUCAACUGCAGCCUGAUCUGCGCCUUGGCGGUUUGAGCCUGGUGCCGGUGCCCCUCUCCGUGGCCGAGAGUGUGUACUACCGCCUGACGCACGUGCAGGGCCCUGGCCGAGUACCUACUGACCUCCAGGGCUCGGCCGCGAAUGCUCUUUCCUACGAGGGAAUUCCCGGCGUGGCUGGCGUGGACUACCCCGCCCACAGCCGCGCGCCCCUCACCCGCUUCACGUGCGCCGACUUCCGCCGGAAAGGCUACUUUGCGGACCCGGCCAGUGGCUGUCAGGCCUUCUACGUGUGUCACGGUGACGGCCGCGGCGAGGCCAUGCUGUGCCCCAACGGCACCAUCUUCAGCCAGGAGGUGCUCGUCUGCGACUGGUGGUUCAACGUGGACUGCAAGUAGAGGACGGGGACCCUACUCCAGCAUACUCCAAGCCAGCUCCAGCCUGCUCCAGCCUGCUCCAGCCUACGGACGCGGUGCUCCACGACGGGCAGCCUGCAGCAGCCUAUGCAAGAGAGUUGCUUGUCUCGUGGAGCCCAGCAGUGUUACCAUACCGCCGCCAAGCUCAUUAACUUACUUAGUCGGCUUUCGGGUCGCGACUCGAUCAAAACAAUGAAGUAGAAAGUGCCAAUCUGUCUGCGCGCGUGUUUAUCGUUUACCCCAGUCAGAUGACAGCGGUGUGUUUGCUCGCAGCACACAAAACGAGGCGGCCCUUUGCCGCGGCAUCGUCGACACGUCGCGGGCGCAGAUUAGUACUGCGGUGCAAACACGGUGGACAAAAACACGGAAUAAAAUCAUAAAG